AUGGACAUGGUUCAAUCAGCCUCCACAGAAAUCAUGAUUGCUAAGAAAUCCCUCCAGAAAAUACCCAGUGUCCUGGAUAGUCUAGUGGAGGAACCUAAAAAAAGACGUGCUGUCCCAAAUCACCUGCUAGAAUCAAAGAUUUACUCAGAACUUCAUAGGAGCAAGGUUAUACAGGCUGAGCCUGCUCUGUUACACUAUGGAGGGUAUGAAGUUGGAAAACAUCACCAACAGAUGCUGAAGCUGACAAAUAUUUCUGGCGAUGUAACAAACCUUCACAUAAUACCACCUCAGACAAAGUAUUUUCAGAUCAAGUACAACAAAACACACCGGCUUGUCCCUGGCUUGUCAUAUGAUGUUACUGUUGAUUUUUGUCCUGAUGAGUGGCGGUAUUACUAUGACUGCAUCCGAAUUCACUGUGAGGGAGAAGAUACAUUACUUGUUCCUAUUCAUGCUUAUCCUGCUGUGAAUGUUGUAGAAUUUCCAUCAUUUAUAAAUCUGUCUGACGUAUCAGUUGGUAAGAGUAAGGAGUAUGUUAUCCCGUUGCAGUGCAGCUGCCCAAUAGAUUUUGAAUUCCACAUUGAUUUUAUUCAGCCUCACAGAGCCUUCACUGUCCAGCCAACAUUUGGAAUCAUUCCAGGCAAUGGAAAAGUGGAAGUAACUGUGAAAUAUUCCCCUCUUCAGUAUGGAACAGCACAAAUGGCAAUGCAGUUACGGAUUUCACAGUUUCACUCAAAACCCUAUAGAUGUGUAUUCACAGGAACAUCAACACCACAUCUGGGUCUAAUAAAAGAACGUUUUGACAAACAACGAAGUCAUCCAGAAAAAAAAUCUGCAUCUGCAGGAAAAUCUGUUGUAUGGAGAAGAGACCAAUUCAGCCAACAACAAUCAAGGCCUAUUCAAAAAAUAAAGGAAAUUGAAUGCCAGAACCUCAGAUUCCCCACAGACUUGUCAAAUCCAUAUGCUGUAGCUACUGUUUUGAAUCAGGAACCAGGCAAAUUGAAGAUUAAGGACUUGAAAGAAGCCCUUUGCCAAGGCAGUGAAGGAAUAAAAACUAGACAGAUGAAGGAAGCUAUAUUUGAACUAAAAGUCAAACAAAAUAUUCAGGAAGAGGAAGCCAAUCAUCUGAAGUGGCAAGUUCAUAAAGGGGAAGAUCCAAUCUCUGUGGAAAUUAGAAAAGAGAUUAUUGAAAACCGACAGAGGGAAGAAAAGCAAUAUAAGAUUGAAAGAGGAGAUCCUGUCAUAGAACAGGAGUUUCAAAGGAAUGAAGUAGAAGUUUCUUUCAGACGUGUUAUCCGGCCUGUUGACCAGCAUCCAAGUGUCCAUCCCACAUUCGACUUGCUCCAUAAUGACCCUUGGGACAACAGAAACAGAAUGUUGAGGAAAUUCCAACAGGCAGCAUACAAGGUAAUGUGAACAACCAGAAUCCAGUGUGAUAGCAUGAUGUCUUGGAAAUAG